CUGUCACUUUCUCUCUUUUUACCUCACACUCUCUUCCUGUUGGUAAAAACAGAAUCAAUCUUGGAAAGUGAAAAUCGCCUCAGUGUCUCUGCCCCUCUUCGUUCUCUAUUGGAUAAAGGAAUACAGAGCCCUCUACUCCUCCUCCAUCUUCUUGCGUUCCUGGAAAGCUUCACUCAACCUUCAACUUUCUUUCUCUUCUUUUUUCCUUUUUUUUUCCCUUCGGGGGCUGUUCAGAGGGUUUUCCCUAUUUUUGGUUUCCUGCAUGAUCUCAAUUCUUCUACUUUUCAUGAGUCAGGGUUGAAGAAGCCGUGAACCUGACCACCAAGUGGGAGAGGGAAAACAGUGAGUGACCAUUUAACUAAAUCAGUCAGCAAAGCAAACACAAACAGCAUCACAAACUGCCAUCUGUACACACAAACCUUAUCAACAUCUCCUUCCCCCCUUUCCAGUCAUUUUUGUUUUCUUCCUUCACCCUUCAUCUUUUCUUCUAUUUCUCCAACUACACAUCUUCGUCUUGCCAUUCUCUUCGCCGUUCUUUUAACCUUCUUUCUCUCCCCCUGCCCUAUCCUUCCUUCAGCAGCAUGUCUACACCAGUCUCUCCAUCUCCCUCUCUUUCCCCACUGUCCUUGUCCUCUCCUUCUCCCUCCUCUUCUCCGUUGCCCUCUCCCCUCUCUCCUCCCCCCAGGCUUCCCGUCUUCCAGAGGAAAGGAGCACUCAAGCACAAGAGGAUUGUGGAAGUGAAAGACCAUCAGUUCACUGCCCGCUUCUUCAAACAGCCCACCUUCUGCAGCCACUGCACAGACUUCAUCUGGGGUAUAGGAAAGCAAGGAUUCCAAUGCCAAGUUUGCAGUUUUGUGGUGCACAAACGCUGUCAUGAGUUUGUCACUUUUACAUGUCCUGGAAGCGUCACUGCACCUAAAGCCGAGGAUCUGAAGAGUAAACACAAGUUUAAGAUACACACUUACUCCAGUCCAACCUUCUGUGAUCACUGUGGUUCUCUGCUCUAUGGCCUCAUUCACCAGGGCAUGAGAUGCACCAGCUGUGAGAUGAAUGUUCAUAAGCGAUGUGAGAACAGUGUGCCCAGUCUAUGUGGACAUGACCACACUGAGAAAAGAGGACGGAUCCACCUGAGCGUGCGUGGAGAGAAGGAGGAUAUAUAUGUCACAGUACGUGAAGCACGGAAUCUGAUUCCCAUGGACCCUAAUGGCCUGUCUGACCCCUAUGUGAAGCUCAAACUUAUUCCAGACCCCAAGAGCCACAGCAAACAGAAAACCAAGACUAUUCGUUCCACUCUAAACCCUGUCUGGAAUGAAAGCUUUGUCUUUUCAGUGAGAGGCAGGCAGUGGGACAGGCGCUUGUCAAUAGAGGUAUGGGACUGGGAUCGCACAUCUCGGAAUGACUUCAUGGGAGCGCUCUCUUUUGGAGUUAGCGAGAUAUUUCGUCGUCCUGUUAGCGGAUGGUUUAAACUGCUCAACCAGGACGAGGGAGAGUACUACAAUAUCCCAGUACCUGAUCCAGACCUUCAGGAACCAGACUCUGCUGUCUCUCCCUCUCUUCCUCCUGCUUCUGUUACUGUUCCCACACCUGUGCCUGCUGUCACCCCACCUGUUGUGAGUCCUGCACCCACCAGCUUACCAGUGGGAAAGGGCCGAAUUGGACUACAUGACUUCAACUUCCUUAUGGUGCUAGGCAAGGGAAGCUUUGGCAAGGUGAUGCUGGCCGAAGAAAGAGGGAGUGACCGCUUGUUUGCAGUGAAAGUGCUGAAGAAAGAUGUGCUGUUUCAGGAUGAGGACACGGAGAGCGCCAUGGUGGAGCGGAGAGUUCUGGGAUUGAGUGGCCGUCCUCACUUCCUCACAUCUCUCUUUUGCGCCUACCAGACUGAGGAUCGUCUGUACUAUGUAAUGGAAUAUGUGAAUGGUGGAGAUCUCAUGUUUCAUAUUCAGAUUGUUGGAAAAUUUAAAGAGCCUCAUGCUGCAUUCUAUGCGGCAGAGAUAGCUGUGGGCCUCUUCUUCCUGCACAGCAAAGGCAUCAUCUAUAGAGAUCUGAAGCUGGAUAAUGUGCUGUUAGACAGUGAGGGCCACAUAAAGAUCGCUGAUUUUGGGAUGUGCAGGGAAGGCAUGAUGGAGGGAGACACCACACGGACAUUCUGUGGCACUCCAGACUACAUUGCUCCUGAGAUUGUAGCAUAUCAGCCAUACGGUAAAGCAGUAGACUGGUGGUCAUAUGGGGUUCUCCUCUAUGAGAUGCUGGCUGGGCAGCCUCCAUUUGAUGGGAUCGAUGAAGAGGAGUUGUUUCAGUCUAUCAUGGAACAAAGCGUAUCGUAUCCCAAGACUCUAUCUCGUGAGGCUGUUGCCAUUUGCAAAGGGCUCUUGACCAAGAAUCCAGCAAAGCGUCUGGGUGGGGGAGAGGAUGCAGAGAGAGAGAUACGUGAGCAUCCUUUCUUCCGUUGGAUAGACUGGGACAGACUGGAGAGACUGGAGAUUCAGCCACCGUUCAAGCCCAGGCCUGGAGGGAAAAAAGGAGAAAAUUUUGACAAGUUUUUCACGGCUGCCUCCGCAGCCCUGACUCCCUCUGAUCCAGAUGUUCUUGCAGCCAUCGAUCAGGAAGAUUUCCAGGGCUUUACCUACGUAAACUCUGAUUUCCCCGGCACCCCUCUCACUGCUGUCUGAGAUCACACAGCACAAACAAACAAUACUCCUAUCCAAGCUAACAGCUAUUUAUGAUUUUCCUACAUCCCAAAAAAAGUACCUUCUAGAACAGUCAUGAAUUGUGCAGUGUUUUCCAGUGAGAACUAUUCAAAAUGGAUAUUUUACUAAUACGCUAGUGUACAGUAAAGUGGCCUGUGUUAAAUUAGCUGGGCCUGUACAGAUUCCCUCUUUAGGAAACUAGAUAUAAACAUUACAUAUAAGCAUGUCUCAGUUUCUCUCCAAGAGAAAUCAAGAUCCAAAAAACAAAGCAAAUUCAUUCUGUUUUCAUGAUUUAAGAACACACUAGACUGUUCUCUUCACACAGGCCCUCUAGUGGUAUAGAUGUAUAAUCUACUCAAAGAGCACAUACAGAAGUGAGAAUAUUAUCAGAUUGCAUGAUAAAGAGCUUUAAAUAUACUGUAUCAUCACACACUCUAGUUCCUAAACCAGCUUUUACAUGUGACAAAAUAUAGUAGUCUUAUUUUUGAUACUGGGACCAUGCAGCCCAUCACAGUAAUGACACAAAAUAUGAGUGAAGCAUUAACUCAUUCUCAUUUACUUAGUAAUUAUUCAGUAAUUCGUCAUCAAGCAUAAUUGGUCCUGGGAGUAUAAGGGAUUAAAUGCAUGUCAUUGACUUAAUAUUCUUAUUUGGUUGCUCUUGUUUAUAGUUGGUGUGGUGCCUUAUAAUAUACCUUACAUACCCCUGCACAUCUUUCAUCCCUGCUGUAUAAAAGGACUAUGCACUGGUCUGUGCAGAUGGUAGCUGUAAGCCGAGGUGGUGCAAAUGGCAGAAUUUAUAUUACUGGAAGAGUUAGCACAUGGUGCCAACAAGUUUGGUUUGAGCCAUUAUAGCUUCCAGUUGUCACUGGCAUGCAGACCAUAAGGCAUCACACAAGCUAUUCUCCAUAUUCUCCAUGAAUCCAGCCUUAAUGAUUCCUAGCCAUUAGAGUGAAGCAUGUCUUAUUUAAUUUCCAACCUGUAUCCUCACCAUGCUACUCUUUCUUAAAUACAUUUCUUUACU